AUGAAAUACAAGGAAGGCAAAUCCUUGGCGGAUCACUUGAACGAAAUUCAAGGGAUCGUGGAUCAGUUGUCCGGUAUGGGCAUAAAGAUGGAAGAUGAGGUGGUCGCUCUCCUCGUUCUGGCUUCCCUUCCAGAAUCUUGGGAGACGCUAAAAAUUUCACUUACCAACUCUGUGAAAGAUGGAGUUAUCAACAUGGAGAUUGUCAAAAGUGGGGUUCUGAAUGAAGAGAUGCAGAAAAGAUCACAAGGUGCAUCCUCUUCAUCUUCCCAGUCAGACCUUUUGGCGGUGGAUUCCAGAAGCAGAGGAAGAAGUGAAGCGAGAGGCUCGAAGCAAAGAGGCAAGAGUCGAGGGAAGUCCAACAAGUUUGCCAAUAUCAAUUGUCAUCACUGCAAGGAAAAGGGCCACAUCAGUAGAUUUUGCCCAAAGUUCAGAAACGAGAGAAGGAAGGGCAAACGAGAUGAGAACAGUGAUGAUGAUGGUGUAAACUCUGUUGAUGAGUUCAAUAUUGUCUACGAGGAAGAUGUUGUCAACCUAACAACCCAGUAG